AUGACCGCUCCAGUCGAUAUCCUCGAGUUUUCUGCUCCCCUUCAAGGCUAUAAAAACAGACGCACGGAUAGGGAAGCUGAAUUCAACGAUUUCUUCGCUUUUGCUGGAAAACCUGAAAUUGGUCAUGGCAAUGGUGAUAAAUCCAGAAAUCAUGCUUUCGCCAUUCAGGUAUCGAAACAAGUCAAUUUUGGUUCAAUUUACUCUGUAAGAUAUUUCGCCUCGACCAAAUUGAUCCCAUCUUCUGAAAACGGCAACUUUUCCGAAAUUACCCAAACCGAUAUCAUUGAACACAACCUCUCCAAAGUCAAUUCUUACAAGAACUACAAAACUAGAGGAUUAGUAAAAAAUUAG